CAUAAAACCGGCUAUACUCCGAUUGGAGCCCGUGCUCGAUGAUGACGGCAUGGAGUACCGGUGCCGCGUGGACUACCGCUGGGGCCGGACUAUGAGCACCUUUAUCACGCUUAUUGUGAUUGGCAAACCGGCGCCGUAUGUCCACUGGUAUAGGGAUAACGAGCUCAUCGACGACACCUACACCUACGGCACCGGCAAUAAUACGGCCCACAACGAGCUCUAUAUCAAUAAACUGACCAGGACCGUAUUCAAUAGUGUAUUAUCAUGCAGGGCUGUAAAGCCAAUAGACGUGGAGAUAGUCAACGCUAGGCAUACCCUGACAGCGGGCCGGGAGGUUGAGAUGACCUGCGAGUCGAGGGGCAGUCGACCACCCGCUCAAAUCACCUGUGAAUUACUCCAAAUGAUU